AGGAUUAGAGCGAGCUGCUCUCUAAUGUACAGGUGCGCGUACAGACCAGAUCUCUGGAACAUAUAGGCCGGCUAAUGAAUUAUCAUUCAUUAUUUCUGCACUUAACGUGAAGCAACACCAAACAGAAGUUCUGAAGGAUCCUUCUAUAGUGAGAAAGUGAAGAGACAAUGAGUGAUUCUGCAGUCCAGAACAUUCCAGAUGAAUAUGAGGAUGACUUUGAGAAAGACCUGGACUGGCUUAUCAGUGAGGAGAGCAAGUGUGAGGAACAGGAUCCUGAUGACGAUGACAUUGAAGCUCAGAUAGACAAAGAGCUUGAAGAAGAUGUGCACAAACACAAGGAAAUGGUUGAUGAAGAAGCGGAUGAAAGGUGGCCAACGCCCAUGGAGCCAUUAGAGGGUGCAUUAGAGCCUGACAGGGAUGGCCUUGUAACCUCUCCACAUUUACAGAACGACGAAGACCUCGAUGAAGAAAAGAAAUAUAUUUUGGAUAAGAUUCAAGAGGGUAACAAACAACUCCAGGACCAGGAUCCUCCAGACCAGAGCCGGCAGAGACGCCUGCAGUUUAAAGUCACUCUGGUUGACCUGGUGGUGCCUGAGCAAGAGUUUGACGCUCAAGAGAGCAAGGGAGCCUCCUAUAGGGACGUAGAGGAAGAGCAAGAGGUAUCUAGACAAAUGCAGAGACUGAAGAUCUCUCCAAGAGAGGAGAAUGAGAUUGGAGAGCCUGACGAUGAACAUAAUGAGGGAGCAAAGGAAGGACUACUUUGUUUGGAUGAGCUGAAGACAAAAGAGGAAGAGGAACAGAAGCGUCAGGAGAAUGAGAUAGCCUUCCGAUCGUGGCUUAUGAGGAAGAGAGAGCAGCUGCUGGAAGAGAAGAGAAUUCAGAAUGCCCAGGAAAUGGAAAGGAUUAGCUGCAUGAGGGACUGUGGUGACCCAGAGGAGGCCUUUAAAAACUGGCUCCAAAAGAAACAGGAACAGCAGUUCAAAGACAAGCAGAUAGAGGAGAUGAAGAGACUGGAAAAGGAGAGCGGCUUUUGCCUGCACAGCCGAGAGGAGCGUGAGAAGGCCUUCAGACAGUGGCUGAAACGAAAGCGUACAGAGAAAAGAGCAGAACAGCAGGCAGCUCGAGAGUGCUCACGUAGACUCAUGCUGGAAGAGCGCAGAGCAAGACGCAUGCAUGACCUCCACUGCACUGUCAAUGAGAUCAAACCCUUCCGAUUCAGUGACCCCUAUGGAUACCGCUACUGAUCACCUCAUAAUGUACACGUGACCAUUGUUAAAACCAGGGUCUGAAGUUCCUCCAAUUCUGCAAUCACAGUGCUUACUGCUUCAAGAGUCAUCCAUUCAUCUGUAUCUAUGGUUACUGUUCUAUUGAACUUCUUAAAGUUCUGUUGUCUCAUCUCCAUGAUACAGUGGAUGAAAGAACAUGUGGUUAGGAACACAAACAGGAGCUCUCUUUUAUUAAUUUUCCAUUUGUCCUUUUUCAAAGUACAGAGAUCAAACAGGUGCUUGAGUGGAUAUCCCUGUUCCUACAGCUUUAGGCACUUAAAAUAAUUGCUACUCCAUGAUGAUUUAAUGUUUUGCGUAACUGCUGAAUCACCAGAUAUUCUCAUUUUUUGUUUAGCUGGCUAUCCUGUAGAUUU